AUGCCUCCCAAACGCACUGCUUCCAAGCGCAAAGCCGAGUCGACAUCCGACGACGAGAGCGAGCCUAAGAAGUCUACGAAGAAGACCAAAGUCGCUGCACCUGCUCCGGCUGUGGAAGGCAGUCUGGCGCCGAACGGUCAGCCGACGAACAAGGUCUUGCCAGUGAAUAUCACUUUUUCGCCUCGAGUGGAUGGCACUGUGCGAAUAUCCACCUGGAACAUCUGCGGCUUAGCCGCCGCGUCCAAGAAGGGCUUCAAGUAUUACAUAGAAGCAGAGGAUCCGGAUAUCAUCGUUCUCACAGAGACGAAGGUGAAUGACGAACCGGUUGACCCCGUAUUGGUAUCCCGCUUCCCACACAGGUACUGGUCAAUAUCUACACAGAAGACCUAUUCUGGCACCGCUGUGCUUUCGAAACGCGAACCUAAAAGCGUUACCAGGAUUCUUCCCGGCCACCCAGACCCCGAUUCCACGAAGGGCCGCAUUGUCACUCUCGAGUUUGAGGAUUAUUAUCUAAUAGGUACCUAUGUACCAAAUGCCGGGGAGAAGCUGAAGAACUUGGACGCAAGGGCCACCUGGAACCGCCAUUUCGAAGGCUAUAUCCGCGACCUCGACAGCAGAAAGCCGGUGAUUUGGACUGGUGAUCUGAAUGUGGCGCCCACGGAGAUUGACCUAUCAAACCCUAAGAAGAACUGGAACAAGACGCCCGGGUACACUGAAGAAGAGACGUCUUCGUUUGCACGCAUCUUGAACCCGCCUGGGGAUGCGAAGAAUGCCGGAAAGUUCGUCGAUAUGUGGCGCGCCCGUCAUCCAGACGAGCGUCACUACACGUACUUUUCGUACCGCUUCAACUGUCGUGUAAAAGGCAUCGGUUGGCGCCUUGACACUUUUGUACUGAGCGAGCGCAUUGCAGAUAAUGUCAAGAUGAUCGAGAUUCGCUCCGACAUCUAUGGUGCUUCUGACCACUGCCCGGUGACAAUGGAGUUUGUCUCCCCGACGUCGACAUGA